AGGACCUCCUCAACCGAAGAAUACCGGGAGCUCGUGAACCUCACCUUUCCGCCAAGGCAAAGCUUCGGCAAGAGCGGCGCCUUGGCCUCGUCCUUGGCCUCGUUGGCGUUGGCCUUUAGGCUAAAUGUUCCUGAAAUCCCAAUUGGACAACAGCAUUGGUACGCUCCGCACACAAGACUCUUAGCCUUGCUGUCCGUGGCUCUGAUAGGGGAGAUUUACAUACUUUGUGGAAAACCCAAGACUUACCUGCAGUUUCGCUUUUGGAUCAAAUUAAAGAGUUCCGUCGCCACAACAUGGGACCCGGCUGACAUUAACCACCCCUGGCUCCCAAGACGGAAGACAGAUGCGAAAAUUCGGAGUGGCUACUGGGCUAGAUCCCUGUUCUCGGUUUCCCCGUGUUUUCUGCGGUUGGCGUUGGGGAUCCCCCAGAUAUAA